CUGAUUGGCAAGAAGAAGAGAGACCCAGAUGAUUGUAGGAAAACAACAACAAUGGCGCAGCUAGACCCUGACGAUUUUGGGAAACUACAAAAUCAGCUGCUUGAGCUAAGAGAGAAGAAUUACUCCUUGGAGGAUGCUCUUCGUAAAAAUAAAAAAGGAUUGGUUGACGCUGAAACAAGGCUUCGUAUCUUAGAAGAUGAGAACAGUAGAUACCAGAAAGUCAUCCAGACAUCAAAGAAGCAUUCUGAAGUUGAGUUAAUGAUUCGGGAUAAUAGCUACCUCCGCAAUAAACUUCGAGACCAAGAGGAGGAUUUUCGAUUACAAAACAACACAUUACUUCAAGAACUCUCUAGGUUAGUUGGAGAAAAUGAGAGAUAUGAAAGACAAAUCAAAUUGCUGUGUGGUAACCAGACCAUUGACGAUACUCCAGAUGGUGAUCAUGGCUGCACGGAUGAUUCCAAAGAGGUUUUACGUUUAAGGUUAGAACUAACAAAUAUGGAGAAGAAACUUCACGAAAGUGAAACGCGCCUGCAAUCAGAAACUACAACCCUUAAAGAAAAGAUAUCUGCCCUUAAUGUCCAGGUCACUCAAUUGAGGAAUGUCUUGAAAACUCAUUCUAUACCAAUAGAUGAAGGUGAAAUAAAUAUUGGUUGUGGUGAUGGAGUCAGUUUCAAGAAACUUGCGCUGCAUGAUGAUGAUGGCCUGGAAAGUGACAUGGAGAGGCCAAAUGAAACUUUGCAGCAAUAUCAGGAAAGAACUAGUCAGUUACAAUGCGAGGUUGAAAGGAUAAAUAACCAGCUAAAGGAGGAGCAGGAAAAGAUCUCAAGCUUAAUGACUGACAAAGAGAAGUUGGAAGAGGAUUUGAGACAAGUUAAUAAAAGAGGUGACAUUGAUGAGAUUCAGAAACUGUUACAAGUUGCAAAGAAUGAUUUGAUUCAGUCAGAAUCUUCAUUGAAAGAGAAGACCAGUUAUUGUGAGAAUCUCCUAAAGGAAUUAGAAGAAGCAAAUCAGUCUCGUGAAAGUGCAUCUAAGAAACUUCAAGAAGUUGAAGUUUUGCUGUCAGAAAAAGAAGAUAGAAUUAAAGACUUUGAGGAAAAAGUCAAUGCUUUAGCUCAUGAGAAGACUGAGCUUAUAUCUCAAAAAGAAGCAACUAACAAGAAAAUAGAUGAACUUCAAGAAGAACUUGCUAGAUUUAAUGAAGAGUUAGAAUCUCAACAGAAUACACUUAAUGAACAAACAAAGCUUGCAGAAAGUAGAAAGCUUCUAAUGGAUGAAAUGAAAGAGCACAUGGAAGAAGAGAGACAAUCUCACAAGAUGGAACUUGAAAAAAUGUUUAAUAAACAUAAGGAAGAGCUCAGUCAGACAGCUAAUGAAAAUCAGCAGCUUAAGGACAAUCUUGAGGAGAUCAGUGGUAGAACUAAAGAUUUGGAAGCGAAAGUUGAAGCUUGUAGUCUUGAAAAAUCUCAUCUGGAGGAAAAGAUCAGCAAACUCUCUGAGGAACUAGAAGAAGAAAAGAAAUUAACGCAAGAGGAAACCAACAGAGUUACUGCAGAAAAGAUUCAGGAAAUGGAGGACAUGAAGCAGAAGUUUGAUGAUGAGAAAAAAGAUCUUUUGACCCAACUUGAGAUAAGUAACAUUCAGAGACAAGAGCUUGAAGAAUCUGUUGAAGCACUGAAAAGAAAGGUCUCUGAUGGUGAAGAAGAACAACGUAUACAUGAGCGCAAAGGCCUUACAUUGCUAAAAGACCUGAAGAAACAGCUAGCUGUUGAACGGAAGAGAGCAGACCGUCUCCAGGAAAAGCUCAGUCAGUUGCUCACAGAUCCAGCACAGUUAACAGCAAUAACAACCAUGUCAGAAGCAGGUGAUGACGUUAGCAGUGUAUCAUCCUGGUCCAUGGUGUCUGGUGAACCUCGGGACUCUUCCACAAGAGAAAACAGUAUAAUUGUUUCACCUCAGGGGUCACCACCACCUGGCUUGGUAACUGAGGAAACUGCGUCUCUUGUCAACCGUGUUACUGAUCUUCAACAACAAAAAUGGCAGUUAGAGGAGAGAAUAACCCAUUUGGAAUCAUCUUCAGCAGCUAUGGCUGAGGAUAUCUUGAAAAAAUCUGCAAUAAUUCAGCAUUAUUGCAUGAGCAGGGGUUCAGAAGGCUCCUCUACUCCAACAUCACCUGUACCUCCGGCUCUUGGAGAAAAAUUGAAUGUUCGUAGGAUGCUGGAACUUAUACGUGGUGGAGGGGGAGAAGAAUCUGUCAGGGAAAUAAAUCGACGAUUACAAGGUCUUUUAGAAGAAACACUUUCCAAGAAUAUCCAGUUGCAUCAAGAUGUAGAGAAUCUUUCGCAACAGGUGCACCAGUUAUCAAAACUGGCAGCUGAAAAAGCAGAAAGUUAAAAAAGAUUCCUCAUCUCUCAGGUGCGGGAGGGUAUUCAUCUGAGUAAGUUUUUGAAGACCUGAAGUGUCACAGUUUCUUCUUUGCCAGACUGAUUGAAUUGGUCAUGACAUAGCAUAACUUUGUUGUUCAGUGAUGUUUAGUCCAUUAAUCUCAUAAUAUUUAGCUUAGAAAUAGAGCUGAAUAUUUUUAUGCAAGUAAGGUUGGUAGUUCAUUUAAUAGCUGCUGUUGUACGUAUUAUUAUAAAAUAAGAGUGGAUAUUUUUGGAAAUUUUGUUGCAGUUUUAGUCACACAGAGUUGUAUUGCUAAUGAAGUGCAAUACAUUUGUGAUACCUUUCAUAUAAGGAGCUUUGUUUUUAGUCUUAAAUUGAUAACGAGCAAUUUUUGAUCCCUAAGUUGUUUCAAGGUUGACUGUCAUGAUGGGAUUUUGAAUUUCCAGGAUGUACAUUUUGUUCCUUCUGUCCUGAUAAUGUCUGAUAAUAGGUUGAGUGAUAAAUUAAUUUUCUUGUAAGCAGUCACUUUAAUGAUGAAAGUUCAACUGUGAAGUAUCAAGACUGGUAAUGUUUAUUUGUGAUGUCUUUAUUUGUAGACUUUUAACUAACUACUAGCAGUGGUGCAGAGACUUUAGGAUAUAAAGAAUUCAUCUGUUUAAUAACAGUGAUAUUAAUAUAAGUAAUGAUAAUUGUAACACAUAAUAAACAAUGAAAAAACUAAUAAGUUGGUAAGCUUUACAUAUCUGAACUUGAGAGACUGCUGCAUAUUUUAAUGUGUUCCUGUGAAGAAUCAAAGUGCUUUUGUGAGAACAAAUUUUUAUUCUGGAGUACAGUAUCUGUUUUAAGUCAUUUGCUAAUCACUGUAUACUUUACCUAUAUUUGAUAGUAAUAUAAUAAUCUGUACUUUGUUUUUGGAUUUUACUGCUACAUGUAAGCUGGAGGCUACUUAUUUUGGGAUCCAGUGGAAAGUUGGAAACAAUGAGCAAUGUUUAUUUGGCUGUAAACAUGAUCACAGGUGAAUUAUAUAGAUAGUGAAGUUUACUUGUUGUUUAGGGUGAGGUUCCUUUUAUUUAUUCUGUGCUGCAUAAGUACAGAUAUAUCUUUUUAUUGUCAUCAGUUAUUUAAUGGGAGGCAAGAUACAUUGGUAGUAUAAUGAUGUAAAGUCUUCAGCUCAUGAAAUGGCAGCCCAUGAAUGUUAGAUAUAAUCUUUGCGUUGGUGUUUCUUGUGUUGUAAAAUUGUACAUUCAUAUUUUUUUUUAUCUAGUUUUGCAUUGGUUUUACAGAUUUAAUUGUGCAAUCCAAGCCAAAAGUAACUUAAUUUUUGCUCGUACUCUUCAUACUCCCCUGAGUGGUCUUACUCCUCUUAUUCCCCUGAGUGGAAAUUCAUUGCUAUCACACUGUUUUCAGGCAGUUUAGGUAAUGUAUAGUAAUUCAGUGAUUAUUUUAGAAUAUUUCAUGUAUGUUGGUAAAACCAUACUUAAUGGACAAAGUUUUAGAUCUGCAUCUCUUGUGAAGAGUGUAAUGACUGCUGCAUUUCCUUUGGGAAUAUUUACAGUGCUUCUCUCAAAGAAUUUGAGUGCUAAGUGUUUUCCAUCUAUACAGUUUGAAUUACUGAAGAAAAUACAAACUUGGAUGUUGUGUAUUAUAUGAUAAAUUGCUUCUGCAAUUUAUUUUUAGUUCUUCUUAAUAUUUAAACUGGUUCCCUCAAGCAACUGAAUAUGUUUUAAAGUCAAUGAGUGAUAUUUUAGGAGAACUUACUUUUAAGUUGUACAUACAGUAUAUGGUUGUCUUGUCAUACGUACAGUAGGUUUUAUUUUGACACAUUUAUAACUUUAAGAGUCCAGUGGGAAGGGCAACCCAGUGCCCAUAUCUAUCCAAGGCCAAAAGAAAGUAUGAAAUAGGAGGGGAUGGAAAAAGGCAUGAACCCCAUAUGAAGAGGUAGACUUGAGACGAUAGCUUAAAAAGAUUUUAGUAGUGAAUUGUGUAGAAAGUUAGAUGCUCAUACUUGUUGCUUUAGCUCUUGCAGUUCAGGUUUAGGAGUUCUGCAUUGUAGAGUACUAAUAGGUUGAAGUGUUCAUUGAUUUUAAACAUUUAAAGUCUUUUCACGUUCUUUCGAUUAAUUGCUAUUCCUUUUGAGUUCUGUUAGCCGAUUGAAGUUUUCACAGUUAACAGGUUGUGUGUACUUGAAGUUUAGUCUUUUCUCAAAAAAUUUUGUUGAUAUGACAUGUGGUUUGUAAAAGUUGAGACUAGCGGCAAGUGAAUGACUAAGUCAGACCAUCAUUAAUUCUUUUUAGCACAAUGUUCAGUAUAGUACUAGGAUUGAGGUAUUUUCAAAAUAAUCUUGAUCUUUGCAUGUAUGAACUGAAAUGAAAAAAAACAUUCAUGAAGGCUUCAUUGUUUGUUGGUUAAAGUUUCCGUUACUCUGAAGUAGUAUAACUAUUUGUGUUGGGAAUGGAGGCCAAAGAAACUUUCAUUUUUAUAUAUUUAUAAUUAUAAGAGACCAAAUACUGUGGUAUGUGUGAUUCUUCAGUUUGAAGGUUAUGAAAUGUUAUUAUGGAAUUUCUUUUGGGGUGCUAUGGUGGGGGUAUGAUUUGGAAAUCUGUGCAGGCCUUGGUGAUUGUUAUUGUUCAAAUGCUCUCAAGACUAGCUAAAAACAGUCCAUCUAAGUUUAGAUAAGUGGAAAGGAGCUAGACAAUUUCAGCUUUGCAAAGUAGUAAUCAUGCAAAACUAGAUGCAGUGAGUAAUUAAGUACAGCAGAAGUGACUUUGAUAUAUAUAUUUUGAGAGUGAGUGUAGGGUACAUGUGAAUUUAAAAAAAUUAGGCUGUCUUUUUAAGAUAAAUAGAAAUGUUUUUCAGUUUUCUCAAGGUAAUGCUUGUCAGCUCUGUGUGCUAAUUUGUAUUCCUAAGAAACAUAGAAUGUUCUUUGAGAGACAGGAUCCAUAAUUUUAUACAAACUGGCUUCUGGUAUUGAAGGUAAGUCUAUUUGGAGUGGAGAAUAUACUGUAAGGUCGUAUGUAUGUAUGUAUGAGAUAGUAACUUGAAGGAUCAAGCGUAAUGUGGUCAAGCUAUUGGUUGCAAAACUAUAAUGAUGCUGUGCUUUCAUAUAAUUCAUAGUGCAAUUUCAUGGUUGAUUGUGUUCAGUUUUAGUACUAAAAAUGAACUUGGUGGCUGUGCAAGUUAAUUCGCUAUUUUGAAUUAGGCAUAGAAAUUGGUAUUUGUGUACAGUAAGGAUAUUCUAUAUUGUUGUGAAUUAAAGGGUUAUUGUGAUAUAUCCAGUUUAUUAAUAUUGUAUAUGUAUAUAUAUUCUCAACUAAAAAAUAUUAUUUUAUUUUUUAUAUUUCCCUAAUGAUAAUGAUAAUGAAAUAAUUUCAUUUUAUGUUAAUAUUGUAAUAAUUUAUACGCAGUAUAUAAUGUGAGAUUCUAACGAAAUUAAAUAAUUCACCAUGUAA